AUGUACAUCUUUCUAAUUAUAUGUUUUUAUUUAUUUCCUCUCAAUAUUCAAUCAAUUGUUUGUCCGGUCUAUAAUUUCUUCAAUAAUGAAACUAAUAUAAUACAUUCAUGUGAUAGAAAUGUCUCAUUGUGCACUUAUAUUACAACACAAUCAAAUUCUCGUCGCUGUCUUGGAAUUUAUACAUUUAAUAAAAAUUUAGAAACAAUAGAAAAUCUAAUUUCUAUUCGUCAAUUGGGAAUAGUUGAUGAUUUCGAAGAAAAAUAUUCUAAUACAACCGAAUGUAUUCUUGAUGUUGAUAAAACUGGUAGUCAUCUACUAUGUCGAUGUAAUUCAAAUAAUUGUACAUUAAAAUGGAAAACAGCUGAAAAUUUACAUGACAACUUCUAUCAGAAACAUAAAUUAAUGAAACCAUAUGAAUACUUUAAUUGGUUUCUUCCACUAAUGAUCACACUUACUAUAAUUAUUUUUAUUUUUAUCAGUAUUAUUAUCAUCAUUAUAAUUUUGAAAUGUAAUAUCUAUAGGAAAAGACACGAAAAAGAUGAUCAAUCAUAUCUAGCUAAUACGUCAGUUGCAUCAACGAAUAUUUCAAACGCAGAAAUCGAUGAAUUUCUUUCAUCAAAUCCUACUUAUCAAUCAAUUAUUAGUCAUGGAAAAAGUAGUAUUAUAUAUCGUGCAUGGACAACAGGAAAAGAAAGUUUACCACAUGAGAAAAAACUUGUUGCUGUUAAACUUUAUUAUUCACCACAAUACAAAAAUGUAUUUGAAAAUGAAGUACAAACUCUAAGAAUGGUUCAUCACACUGCUAUUGUCAAGUUUAUCAGUCAUGGUUGGCAUGAUCUAUGUCCAUAUAUCAUACUUGAAUAUCAUGAUAUUGGUUCACUCACUAAUUAUCUUCGAUCAAAUAAACUUUCUUGGUCAACUUGCUAUUCAUUCCUUGUGUCUCUUCUGGGUGCAAUUGAUUAUCUUCAUUAUGAAGAUUUAUCACCAACCGAUUAUUUAACAUCGAAACGCAUUCGCAAACCAAUUAUUGUUCAUCGUGAUAUAAAAAGUUCAAAUAUUCUAGUUAAAACAAAUCCCGAUCUUAGUUUAUGCUUGUGUGAUUUUGGUUUAGCUAAAAUUCUUCCGCCUGUUUUAACACCAAAUGAUUUUAUACAAAUUGGUACAUAUCGUUAUAUGGCACCAGAAUUACUUGAACUUGCUAUAACACAUACAAGUGAUGCUUUAUGUAAAGUUGAUAUGUAUGCAGUUGGACUUGUUAUGUGGGAAAUUGUUACACAAUGUCAAGACUAUCCAUGUCUUCUUGAAUAUCAACUUCCAUAUACAGAGUAUGUCAGCAUGAACGAAAUUAAUGAAAAUAAAAUUCUUGAUACACUUCAUCGAAUUGUUGUUAACGAAAAAAUAAGGCCAAUUAUUCAUCGAACAGACAGUAUGCAUUCGAAAAUAUCUGCUGUAUCAAGCAUCAUUGAAGAUUGUUGGAAACAUGAACCUGAAUCACGAAUCAACGCUCGUCCUGCAUUGCAUCGUUUACGAAAUCUUGAAUAA